CCAAUUGCAUUGUCAGCAACACGCAAUGGCGACCAGCAUGGCGCUUGACCUCGCGCAAUCUGCUUCAAACCACGCCUGUUGGGUCCCUGGGGAAUUCAGGGGACCCCAGUCCCUGCUGCAGAGGCCUUAUCUAGCCCCUUGCUGGCGCUCAUUGGAGCGGCAUUGCGUUUUACAAUGGACGCCGAUCGCCGCCGCAAAUGCUAGAGAUUUUGCACAUGGUUUUAAGCGAAGACAAGCUCUGAUUUUUGAGGUCAGCAGAGAAGGUGGUGUAAGAGCUGAGACUAGGGUUAGGGCGGCCAAUUUUGACAGUUCCUUGCAGGGGCGUGAAAGAGAGCCCACUUCUGGUGCUGAUGAAGCAGUCACUUGCAGUAGGGUUGAUGAAAACCUUGAAGGAGAUUUACAUGGGACGCCUGCAGGUUCGUCCAGCCAGGACUCGGUGACAUAUUCACGAAGAAAACUGGGGUUGCUGGCAAUUCCGCUGGUGUUAAUAGCCGCCGAAGCGAGGGCAGAAGAAGCAGAUGGUCAGAGCGCACCACCACUCGCCUCUAGCCAAGAGAGCAGCUCGAUUGCAGACAGCAAGGCUAGCGAAUCUCCACAAACAAAAGAUGAGUUGCUGGACGGGGAUAAUAUUAAGGUGUCUGGAGGAACCUCCAAAACGGGAAGGCUGGAAGUGGGGCCUGACUUUCGACGAUACCGGGCGGAGGACUUCUCGAUCUACGUGCCGAGGAGCUACGAGAACGUGACGGAAGUUGACGACAACCCCCGGUCGACCCUCACUAUGGAACAGAAGGCUGCCAACCGCCCGUACGCCGCCCGGUUUGCCUCUGCCGACCAGGCCGAGGUCAUCACGGUCGUCAUACGAGACGCCUCGACGUUGCGGCUGUCGUUUCUGCAGACCAAAGAUAUCAGCGACUUAGGGUCGCUAGAUAAAGCGGCACAACUAUUGCUCCCGCCUGGCGCCAAGAUCCUCAAGUCUCGGGUUGUAACCCAGGAGGUUGACCGGGGCCAGGAGCUCGAGAAGGUGGUCAAGUCCCUGCCGGUGGACAUUGACACCAAACUCAAAAGAAACUAUUACCAGUACGAGUUUUACGCCCGGGGUCAACAAGUGGCGCUGGCUGCCGCCGCACAGAAUGGCAAGAUUUACGUCGUGGGCGCGACUGUUCCAACAAAGAGGUGGAAGGACCUUGCGAAGCAGAUGAGGACGAUAGCGAACUCGUUUGAGCUUCGAUAGCGGUGACUCCUUACUGAAGCCCGUCCUGAAUCAUGUCAAGUGCAUUUGCAAAGGUUUUGCUAAUUUGAUUUGCGUGCGGUCUCAUGACUUUCCACUAUUUGGUUUCCGGUCCAACAUAUCGCUCUGGUAGUACCAUCCUUCUGUAUCCAAGCCCCUUGAUGAUUCAAAUCUGAUAAUGCACAGCGGCAUGUAACAGGUUACUUACAUAGUUAAUGCAUUCGCCGGACCACCAUGUAAUGUUUGCUCUGACUUCUCUCGCCAGG